UGGUACUCAGACCUAUGAUGGCUAUGUCAGCCCUCGCCUUUCUUGAGGUUCAAUGCUGCACCUUGCCUACAACUCGAGGAAGCUCACCUCCCGUCAUGCCCGCUGACGAUCCAGUGCGCAAGUGAACAAACAUGAAUCGACUGGCUCUACUUAUACUGUUGCUAUGGUUAUUUAUCCUCGACUGCGUUCUCGCGAUCCGUUGGUCCAAUAUCAAUGCACUCAAAACCAAUCUCACUAUUGAGGCGGUGGAAGGCACAUCGUCACAUGGAUCGAACAGAAUACUCUGCUACCCUCUUACAUGGCCGUCGCUCGCAACGUUCUACAUCGGGAACUUUGGCGCGCACAUCGCAACAGUACAGUCUAUGCCCGGCGACAAAUGGCCCCUGACACUAUUCGAAAUGGUACUGGCGCUUUUCUUUCCCACGUCUGGUCUUAUGCGUGGUCUAAACACCAUUGUCAGGAACUUUUCGUCCUCUUUCUUCGCCCGGAAAGUUGUUGCAAAGAUCUUUCGUAUCAAAAGGUGGCGUCGAGACGAAACAAGCCUAGAAAAGGCAUGCAAAGCCGGUGCUCUGUGCGUAGUUGUGCGAAACGCCAACUGGAGACCGAAACAUGGACAAGCUGAUAUUCCUGCAAUUCUUUCAACUGUCGUCAGGAAUACAGCAUUGGAGCAGCCUCUCGACACCGAGCUUGCUGACAUUGAAUCUGUCCAGCUCGUCAGAAGUUCUGCUGGGGGCGAUGACGCUGGAAGCACCUCCGAUGUCUCGGGGGAAGAAGCUCCAGAGGAUAGUCCCGCCAGAUUACGUCCUAAAGAGACAAUUCUGACUAUAUAUCGACCGACUUGGCUCAAAGAGGCUCAAAGCCACUGGUGGACUCAUUUUGACACGUUAUGGGGCCGAAACAUUGUCGAUCCUACCCUAAAAGCCAUCCAUGGAACUUACAGGCUUCCCGUCGGAUACUCCUUCUCGGUUCUGCCCCGCGAUACUAUUGUACUGGCUGGAGCAAGCUCCCUCGGAGUUGGAAAGCUGGAAUGCGAAAUUGCUGCUUCAUACAGCAUCCUGAAGGUCUUGGCAUCACUGUUUCAAUUGCUUGCGGCGACAUAUACACUUUGGCUUUAUCGAGGUGACCAGGUGAAUCGUUGGGGUUUCGCUUCCUUCUCCUUCGUGCCUGUACCCUAUGCCAUAAUGUCUCUGGUCAAUGGUAUCAGUCACCUUUGCACUCCUGACUAUCCGGCGGUGUACAUGGUGUCAUCUACUGUUAUGAAAGAGGCAGAAGAUGCAGGAGGCGGUUUCUAUGGCAUUGUUGGUUACGUAGAACCUGCGCCAUUAUCGAACAACGACACCGGCUACGGAUCUGGAUUCGAUACUACUUGGAAAGGUCUGACGCCUGGAGUUCUUCGCCGUACAUUACUAUCACUCUACAAUUCCGCAAGAGGCAGGAAGAAAGAGAUCAGAGAGUUGACCGUCUUUGAACAACGUCUUCCUGAGCACGCCCGGUCCGGGGAAGAAACUACACAGACCGACAUACGCGAUGAAAAUACUGGCUUGUCAUUGACUUCCCACUUGGUUGGAUCGCCAGUUCUACUUGUCGAACAGUCUCCAAACUUCCGUGGAGAAUCAUACAUGAUCAGCCCUGUAUAUCGUUCAGAAAAUUUCAUCGAGAGCAUAGCAUAUAAACUGCCAAGAGUCAAUCUGGAAUGGAUUCGAUAUGGUACGCCCGGAAUCAUCGUCCUGUCAGCAGUCCUCGUCUUCAAUCUAGGGGUGCACCCAAAAAAGACAUAUUGCAGUAUCAAGAUGGAGGUUAUCUCAGUGAUAGCCCAAGUCCAAAGCUACUGGGGGGGCAGCCGAAAAGUACGAAGCGACACAGCGUCAAACAUAGCGGUCAAAGGAUCACGCAAGCAAAGACUGCUCAAUUGGUUCUUCCACUUGUCGCCGUCGGUCGCAGACAUCAACCUCGAAGAACAACUCCGCGGAGAUCAACUCCCGCGCAUUUCAUUCCGAGCAUGUGAAUGUUUCCAGCGCCAGAGUAACCUGAAUCAGGCACACUCGACCCAAACAACCACACCUCUUCUUCAAGGCCUUUUCGCACAGGGCUUACUUGCCAUCGUUGUCAGUAGUCUUUCACUUCUGGUAAUAGGCCUGAUGUCCAGUUUUGAUGCUGGUUCGAGCUCUAGAACCGACCAGAUCAUCCUUAUGAUGUGGCUGGCAGUGGGUAUAGUGGUUGGCUUCCUCGUACCCUUCCUGAACGUCAACGACGCCUACACUUUGUUGAUCAGGAUUCCCCUGGAAAUCGAAGCCUUCCGUGAUACCCGAGCUGCUGCUUUGGGUGGAUCCUAUUUGGCGGCCCUACUGCUCUUGUUGAUGUGUCUUCCUUGGGGUGUAUUUGUCGUGCCAGUGUGGGGCUUCGUUAUCGUUAGCCAACAACUUGAAGAAUGGGGUACUUGUGUAAGUAUAUAUUGAAUCAGAUUCGCGUUUCCUUUUCGAUAUGGUCUCUUGGUUUAUAGCAGUGCAUCAUAUACUCUACACUUAGAUUACACCAAUAGACUAGAAUUCAGUUACCUCGAGAUUUAGUAAUAGCAAUUACUCUUAGGCACAAAGG